UGAAACUGAAAUAUCGUUAUUCACUGAUUGUUGCAGGUGGACAAUCCUCAUUGGCUGAUUAUUGCACUUAUUUUGUUGCAUACUCUGAUGGAUCUUGUACAGACACUAGCAGUGCACGGGCACCAGAUAGAAUGCUAGGUGAAGUUCGGGGAAGUAACUCUAGGUGUAUGGCCUCAUCAUUAGUGCGCACAGGAUUUGUGCGAGGUUCUCUGACCCAGGGAAAUGGUUGUUAUCAGCAUAGGUGUAUCAACAAUUCUUUAGAGGUUGCUGUGGAUGGUAGCUGGAAAGUGUGUCCUCGGGCUGGUGGACCCAUUCAGUUCCCUGGCUUUAAUGGUGAAUUAAUCUGUCCUGCAUAUCAUGAGCUCUGUAACACAGAUCCAGUUAUCGUGUCUGGGAAAUGUCCCAGUGCAUGUAAUUUCAAUGGAGAUUGUGUUGAUGGAAGGUGCCACUGUUUUCUUGGAUUUCAUGGUCGUGAUUGCAGUAGACGUUCUUGCCCCAGCAAUUGUACUGGCAAUGGCAUAUGCCUCUCUGGUGGAAUAUGUGAAUGUAAAACUGGCUAUACUGGCAUUGACUGUUCCACUGCUGUUUGUGAUGAGCAAUGCAGCCUUCACGGCGGGGUUUGUGAUAAUGGAGUUUGUGAAUUCCGCUGUUCUGACUAUGCUGGAUACAUUUGCCAGAACAGCUCCAUUCUCCUCUCCAGUCUUUCGGUUUGCAGAAAUGUGCUGGGAAAUGAUAUUUCUGGGCAGCAUUGUGCACCCAGUGAACCUAGCAUACUACAGCAGCUAGAAGAAGUGGUUGUCAUGCCCAAUUACCAUCGAUUAUUUCCUGGUGGUGCUAGGAAAUUAUUUAAUAUAUUUGGCAGCACCUACUGUGAUGAGGCAGCUAAAAGGCUUGCCUGCUGGAUCUCAAUCCAGAAGUGUGAUAGGGAUGGAGACAACAGGCUAAGAGUAUGUCAUUCUGCAUGUGAGGCUUAUAAUCUGGCAUGCGGAGCUUCACUGGACUGCGGUGACCAAACCCUUUUCAGCAGCGAGGGGGAUGGGGAGGCUCAGUGCACCGGCUCUGGUGAGAUUAAAAUGUCGUGGUUUAAUCGACUAAGAAGUAGUUUUUCUUUGAGAAAUAGUUCCUCCAAAGGAAUAUCUGUAAGAUAUAGGCAGCUUUAGCUUCAAUUGUUUUCUCUCUUCUGGGGAAGAGGGGCUUGGAUUGUAACUUUUAAAGGGUUAUUGUAGGAGAAAUUGGUGGAAUGUAACGUCUUAGAUUUAGGGCCUUACUCAUCCAUAAUUGUCUAGAAAAAUGGGAUGAGGAGGUUACAGGUUUGGCUUUCGAAGAGAGCCUCUUGUAGAGAAAAUUGAAAGUCUUUGGAAUUGGAUAGGUAAUGAGGGAAAAAAAGAAAGAAAGAAAGAAAGCUAACGUGGUUAUCUGAGUUUAGGCCGAAGGCCUUCAAAGGGGGAAAAAAUGCUUCAUUUCUUUUUCUGUAUAUAUUUCUGUCUUAUUGCUCUUUGA